GUCACGCCUAUUCUAUCUGCCCAUAAUAAUGUGCCCUAGCUCAUCUUGUGCUAUGUCUCUAACUUGUGAAUCUCUGAACUUUCAUCAAAUCUCGAUCGAUUCCCUCUUUUCCAGUUUUCGUCUUCAAUCCAUUAUUGUUGUCAUUUUGGGCACUUGAUUGAUGUCGCGCAGGUUGGACUUCGAUAUACCUCAACAACCGCUACUGCUGCUGGAUACCUCCGGACAGCCGGCAUCGGCCCUUCAUGCACCACUCCACCAACGGCAUUCAUCGUUUGUCACCACGAAAAGUUACUGAUCCUGAUCUCGUUGCUAUCCGUGACAAGCUUGUUGACGCUCUCGCUCUCAAGGCGUCCGCUCUUGUGACGCCGCCAGCCACCAACUUGUCUCCUCCGUCUUCGCACGCUGGUCCGCCCGGCACGGCCCAGCGACCUUCCUCUCGAUCUCGACAUCGCCGACCAAAACGUCCUUCUUCAUCACCUCGUCUAGUCGUCGGCCCUGACGCAAUUCAUCGUCUACCAUCUGAGCUGGCUCGGUUGCACUUGUCUUCACCGCUCAUUGUGUCGAGCCCUUCAAGAUCAAAUAUCGCUCGCAAAAUUCAAGCCAUUAUUCCUAAUCUCAACAGUCAAAUUCUCUGUUCAUCUAAUACCACCGUGCCAGCCCGGGCAUCUGGACGAGAUUGCGUUGUCAGCGUCGGGGGAGGUUCUGCUGUUACUUUGGCCCGAGCUGUUGGCUUACGGAAAGGAAUCCCUCACAUUUGCAUCCCUACGACAUAUAGUGGAAGUGAACUACACCCAGGCGGAGGAUCUAGCGACUCAUCUUCCGAAGAAAAAGGCAGCGGCCACGACACCAGGAUACUUCCCACCGUUAUAAUUUACGACGACAACCUCACCAUGAGCUCUCCAACUCGAUUUUCAGCGCCCAGCGAUGAGAAAGUCAUGGAGGACUUUGCUCGAGCCGACACGCUGCCCAAAUCAGAAGAUGCCUGCUGGGGCUAUCUUCACAUUCCAGGCGUUUAACACCUUCUGGUCUUGUCCACCCGGACAUCUUUUUUUAUAAUCUCAUUUUAAAAUCACCUGUCUUGUACCUGCGAGGGGCCCUUCAGCCUCCUAUUCUCAUACCAGGAUCCCCACCUUCACACUGAUUUUUCGGAUAUGGGAUCGUAAUGAUUUUUGCGAUAUUCGCACAACGCACACCACCCACCCCGCGUCACCCUUCACGCGGUUGAGGAAUCAUGGAGAAAGGAGCAUGACCCCCGGUCUGUGGAGUUUUCUAGUACUCUGCAUUGCAUCACCGGGAUUUCGCGCGCUUCUCUGCAAGACAUAGACCACCCGCUUGGUCUUCCAUAAUUCUCUGAUAGAGUAUUUCUGGGGACGAUGCCGCUUCAAGUCCUUUCUCUAGUCACCGGUUCAGAUGCAAUCCUUGGCGCCAUGUGUAAUGGCAAGGUAUCUGCUUCUACCCCCUUUCCGGGAUAGAAU